AUGGCAAAGGUUUAUUUGCAGUUUCCGCUCAUUGCAGCAGCCGCCACCACCAUAUUGACGAUUGUCGGUGCCACAGCCAUGGCCCGGAGUCCGGCCAGCUAUGGGAACAAUGUGGCAUCAUUGUAUGACAACCGAUGGCACCGCCACGGGGCAGGAGAGCGUCGCAGCCAUCAGGGUGGCCGCGGCCUGACGGCCGUGCUUAAUGGGCUCACAAAUCUAUCGGGCCUGGGACACAUUAGCAACGGUUACGGUUCAGUGGCGCCCACCAAGCAGGAGACACCGAUUUACGAGGAGCACAACGAGGAUGCCGCCGUGGCGGCUGUGGCAGCCACGGCCCAUGACCAGCACCAGCCCCAGUCUACUGUUUACAAUUAUCCAGCUGGUGGGGGUGGUGGUGGUGGUGGCGGAUUCCUGCCCGCGUUUGGGGGCUAUGGAUCAUGGGGAUUAUCAUCGCCGGAGGAACAACAACCGUAUGCGUACGAGAAAAUUUCAAUGGGAAAUUUCCUUCCACAUUCCGGCUAUGAGGGGCAUCAGCAGGAGCAGGUCUAUCAGCAGCAGGAGGCGCACUACCAGCAGCAGGAGGCGAACUACCAGCAGCAGGAGGCGAACUACCAGCAGCAGGAGGCGCACUACCAGAAGCAGGAGGAGCUCUACCAGCAGCGGCAGGAGGAGCUCUACCAGCAGCAGCGACAGCAGGAGCAGCAGCACUCCACCUACUUUAGCCCCCACGGGGAGACAUCCGCCUCUGGCUCGGCAUCCUCGGCAACGAGCGGUUCGGCAGCCGAUGACUAUGAAGAGCAUCCCGGAGAUGGCCAGGAGCAGAGCUCCAACUACUUGGCCGAGUCGCCAAGCGGUCACGGUGGUCAGGGACACGGCCAGCACUCGCAUCAUGUGGACAUCAUCAACUAUGUGCCCGUGAAGCAUGUGAAGAAGCAGCAUGUGCCGGUGGAGAAGCCCGUCAAGAUACCCAUUUCCCAUGCGGUGAUCAUACCCGUCCGCAAGCCCGUGCCCAUACACAUACCGAUCACCAAGACCAUCCAAGUGCCCGUCGAGAAGGAGCUGAAGGUGCCGGUGGAGCGGGUGGUGGGUGUGCCGGUGGAGAAGCACAUACCCGUGCCCGUCGAGAAGCAUGUGCCGUACGAGGUGAUCAAGUACGUGCCCAUCAAGGUCCCCAAGCCGUUUCCCGUCAAGGUGCCCGUCUUCAAGACAGUCCUGCACAAGGUUAAGAGCUGGUGGUAG